AUGGACAGUUCUGAAGCAGAUCUAGGUAGAUUGGAGGCACAAAUAUCAUCCGAUGCGUCUUAUGAUCAACGAAAAGGAACAUACCUUCCCAUGAACAUACUUGGUUCACAAGAUUUCUCUCAAAUUGGAGAAGACACGGCAGACACGGAACUUGUGCCAGAGUUCCUUACUAACCUUCGAUUGUCGGAUCUUUUCGCUCUCCCUGGUGAAUAUAUUAAGAUGACUCCGGAGAUUUUCAGUGGAAUAAGUGAUGGGAACAAAGAAUGUCUAAAGAAGUUGAUAAGAGAUGAAACGCCAAUGUCAUUGGCACGUCUCAGGAGCAGUAAAGGAGAUUCAAUUCUUCAUCUUGCUGUUACAUGGGGUCAUCUAGAACUAGUGAAGGAUAUUGUCUCUCAAUGUCCUAGCCUUCUAUUGGAGCCAAACUCGAGCGGUCAAACACCACUUCAUGUGGCGGCUUAUGAAGGUCAUACCGCUGUUGUUGAGGCUUUUGUUGCGUUGGUAACAUUUGCUUCCGAUAGACUAUGUAAUGAAGAGAGUGAGAGACUGAAUCCAUAUAUUCUCAAGGACGAAGAUGGAAAUACUGCUCUGCACUUGGCGAUUGAAGGAAGGUAUUUGGAGAUGGCUACGUAUCUGGUGAACGCGAACCAUGAUGCUCCUUUCCUUGGAAAUAAUGAGGGAUUAUCUUCCUUGUUUAUGGCAGUAGCUCGUGGAGAUGUAUCCCUUGUGAAAGCAAUUUUGAAAACUACUGGCAACGAGAACCUUGAAGGGAAGAAGUUUAACUUAUAUUCGAAGUUACAAGGGAAAAAAUAUCUUGCACAUGCUGCUUUGAUGGCCAAGAAUAAAGAUGGCCUUGAUUUUAUUCUUGAUGAAUAUCCAAGUCUUGUGGACGAGCGAGAUGACUCUGGUAUGACUUGUCUUGCACUCGGAGCAUAUGUAGGGUAUUAUGAAGGAGUAUGCAACCUCUUACAUCGGUCAAAGAAGAGUGUUUAUGUCUGCGACCAAGAUGGUUCUUUUCCAAUUCAUAGGGCUGCAAAGGAAGGUCAUCAAGAAAUUGUUGAAGAGUUUAUAAAGCAGUGUCCAGAUGCAAAACACCUACUUAACAAACUUGGUCAGAACGUUCUCCACGUUGCAGCAAAAAACGGAAAACAUCGGGUUGCAAAAUUGUUGAUGGAUAAUGAAGAUACGGAACAUCUGGGUAUUGGACAAGAUGUGGACGGUAAUACACCUUUGCACCUUGCCGUCAUGAAGUGGCACUAUAGAUCCAUCACUUUGCUUGCUAAGGGUACCAAGAUACUGAAAUUACGAAACAAAAGCGGCUUAACAGCUAGGGAUAUUGCUGAGUCAGAGCUGAAACCCAACUACAUCUUUCAGGAGAGGUGGACACUGGCGCUCUUGUUAUACACUAUUCACACAAGGGGUUUUGAAUCUGUGGACUCAUUAACAAGACCGGCAGAGCCACUAGACCCUAAGAAUAACAGAGAUUACGUCAACACGCUUCUACUGGUUGCGGCUCUUGUAGCCACAAUGACGUUUGCUGCAGGUUUUACAAUACCAGGUGGGUUUAAUAGCUCUGCUCCACACUUGGGCAGGGCAACUUUGGCCAAAAACCCAACUCUCUGCAUUUUUCUACUUCUGGACAUCUUGGCAAUGCAAAGUUCCGUAGCAACAAUAGGUACUCUUAUUUGGGCACAGUUGGGUGAUCCACUACUCAUCCGAAAAUCUUUACAUGUGGCCUUGCCCUUACUGCUUUUUUCUCUACUCUGCAUGCCCUUGGCAUUCCUUUUUGGCGUGCUCACUGCAGUAGGGCAUGUGAAGUGGCUUUUGAUAGUCAUUUGCAUUAUAUCCGUUUUAUUCUUCCUUUGGGCGAUCUUUAUCCUUGGGCCUCACGUCAUGCUUCAGCGGCCAUACGUUUCUCCCAAGUAUGCUGGUUACUUUCUCGUGACUUUUAUGCAAUAUAAAGAGAUUUUUAGCAAUUUUGUGACUUUGAUACAUUUUAUAUUUUGUUGUGGUUGUUUAAGUUUUUAGACUAUAUAUUUAAAGGCUUGCUUCGUAUCAUCGUAUGCAUAAAGCA